AUGGCGGCCCUAGCAUUAGCGAGAGUUGGGCUGCGGAGGGUACAGUUGCUGGGAGGACGUAGGCAACGGCUGCUGUCUCUGGGAGUCCCCCAUCGGGUAGGGGUCACUGUGGCGUUCAUGGAGGCGGAGGCUUACAUGGGAAUGGGCAACCAGGAGUCAGCUGAGCCCAACCCUGCAGAGUUAAAUUAUCCAGGGAUUGUCGAAUCUACCGAGGAAUACAGAUUUGUGGAGAGGCUUAUACCUCCCACCAGAGUACCUGAACCCCCCAAACAUGACACAUACCCCACCCCAUGUGGGUGGAGGCCUCCACAAGAUCCCCCUCCUGCCCUUCCUUAUUUUGUACGGCGGUCUCGCAUGCACAACAUUCCUGUCUACAAAGAACUGACCCACGCCUGCAGAAAGAUGACACUUAUCAGGAAGAUUGAAGGUGAUAUUUGGGCCCUUGAGAAGGAAGUGAAGGAAUUCCUCACUGAGCUCUCUGGAAGGACGCCAGCCACUCAAGUCAAUGAAGUUGCCUGUUUCAUUCGCAUCAAGGGUUAUUUUGACGAGGAACUGAAGCAGUGGCUGAUGGACAAAGGUUUCUAAAUAAAACCGACUUGGGGAA